UCUCUCUCUCUUUUCCUUUUCCGGCAUAACUUGUGUGUGACCCCUAAACUCCAUAACUUGUUUCUACGAUCAAGUGUCAUUUGCUUCAAUCUAUUAGUCUUACUUCUUCCCUAAUCAACAGUCACAAAAAGAGAAUGUCGGGACGAAGAUCACGUUCGAGACAAUCAUCAGGAACUUCAAGGAUCUCCGAAGAUCAAAUCAACGAUCUCAUUCUCAAGUUGCAGCAGCUUCUUCCUGAGCUCAGGGAUAGUCGUCGCUCCGACAAGGUUUCAGCAGCAAGGGUGUUACAAGAUACGUGCAACUACAUAAGGAAUCUGCAUAGAGAGGUCGAUGAUCUAAGUGAGAGGCUAUCUGAGUUACUUGCAAACACAGACACUGCUCAAGCUGCGUUAAUCAGAAGCUUACUUACCCAAUAAUUUCUAUCUGGUCUUCUUUCUUCUUUUUUUUUUUUGUUUUUUUUUUAAAAUUUCUAUAAUAAUAAUAAUAGUUUGCGGAUUUGUUUUUUCUAUAGAUGAUGAUGACCUUAUAAACGUUUAAUGAUACGAGUUCGUCACU